UCUCCUGUUAGCUUGCUUGUUCCGGUCUUUUUAUUCACGUUUCGGCAGCGCUAGCGCAGGUUAACGACAUGUCUCGGGUUUACAUCGGCAGGUUGAGCUACAGGGCCAGGGAGAAGGACGUGGAGAGGUUCUUUAAAGGUUACGGGAAGAUUCUGGAAGUGGACCUGAAAAAUGGUUAUGGUUUUGUUGAGUUCGAUGACCCGCGUGACGCAGACGAUGCCGUGUACGACCUGAACGGUAAAGACCUGUGCGGGGAGCGGGUCGUGGUGGAGCACACCAAGGGUCCCCGCCGUGACGGAGGCUACAGCAGCGGUGGACGUACCUUGAAAGGUGGCUAUGGGCGCUGGCAAGGAAGAGACAGGUACGGUCCGCCUGUAAGGACCGAUUAUCGGCUCAUUGUUGAGAAUCUUUCCAGCCGCUGCAGCUGGCAGGACUUGAAGGACUACAUGAGGCAGGCGGGGGAGGUGACUUACGCCGACACCCAUAAGGGCCGGAAGAACGAGGGCGUGAUCGAGUUCAGGCAGUACGCGGACAUGAAGAGGGCCCUGGAGAAGCUGGACGGCACCGAGGUGAACGGCAGGAAGAUCCGGCUCAUCGAGGACCGCCCCGGUGCCCGGCGCCGCCGCUCCUACUCUCGCAGCCACUCCAGGUCUCGCUCCAGGAGUCGCAGGUCUCACAAGAGCCGCAGCCGCAGUGAGAGCAGCAGCCGCAGCCGGUCCCGCUCCAGGGCGGGUUCUCAUUCCCGCAGCCGGUCUCCCUCCAAGAAGGACAAGAAGAAGAAAGAGGAGGAGGAGGAGGGCAGCAACGACGCUCAGAAGGAAGAGGAGCACAGCCGGAGCCGCAGCCCCAAGAGCAAGAAGAGCAAGAAGGAGGGGAAGUCCAUCAAGGAGGAGGAGUCCAGGUCUAGGUCCAGGUCUGCGUCUCGCUCCAGGUCUCGUUCCAGAUCAGAGCCCAAAGAUCACUCCGGGAAGUCCGAGAGCCACGAGGAGCCGAAGAGCGACAACGAGGCAGGCGAGCCCGAGACGGGCUCCCGGUCCCGUUCCCACUCUCCUGACGAGCCCAGAGCCAAGUCCAAAUCCAAGUCCAAGUCUCGGUCCGCCUCUCCCGCAGUUGAUGCUGGCUCUCGCUCCAGGUCUGCCUCCCGGUCAGAAUCCCGCUCAAAGUCCCGUUCCCAGUCCCGCUCUCGUUCCCGCUCCCGCUCCUAGUUCAGGUCCUGGACUGCGUUCCGAUCCCAGUGACACCCCCCCCAGUCCUGUAUUUACAUUCCCUGGACCCCCGACACCGCCACGCCUCUGGUUUUUGAUAAGUAGAACCAUUUUCAUUCAAGCCGACCCGUUUUUCAUUCGUAGUGUUUGUAGAGCAGCGGAUGCUCGUAGAUGGUUUUUAUUUUUAAUCUGACCUAGAAACUCGUCGUCUGUGAAAUCGUUUUGUUUCAGAUUAAACUGUUCUGGUCUC